ACAAGUAACGAAGAAAAAGCAUAUGUGAUUUCUGAAGCAGCUGUAAGCAAAAAGACAUGGCUCAUGGCAUUGGCUGGUCGGUGAUUUAUACGUCACGCUGCUGCUUCUGCUUCUGCUAGCCCCUUCAAUUCUCUACUUCUCAGCCCAGUUCCUCCUCGACUUCAACCUCCGUCCGCCGAGUCCUUUUCCCUUCCCUGCUCUUCUCAAAUGUCUUACGAUUACCUCUUCAAGUACAUAAUCAUCGGAGACACCGGCGUUGGGAAAUCAUGUCUACUCUUGCAAUUCACUGAUAAGAGAUUCCAACCUGUACACGAUCUUACUAUCGGUGUUGAGUUUGGUGCUCGCAUGGCCACCAUCGACGGCCGACCCAUCAAGCUUCAGAUUUGGGACACUGCUGGCCAAGAAUCCUUUAGAUCCAUCACUAGAUCAUAUUACAGAGGAGCAGCUGGAGCACUUCUGGUUUAUGACAUUACUAGGAGAGAGACAUUUAAUCACCUAGCAAGCUGGCUAGAGGAUGCUCGGCAGCACGCAAAUCCAAACAUGACAAUCAUGCUUAUAGGGAACAAAUGUGAUCUUGCUCAUCGCAGGGCUGUCAGCAAAGAGGAAGGGGAACAGUUUGCAAAGGAAAAUGGACUUUUAUUCAUGGAAGCUUCUGCAAGAACAGCUCAAAAUGUUGAGGAGGCCUUCAUAAGGACAGCAGGAAAGAUCCUUCAGAAUAUCCAAGAAGGCGUGUUCGAUGUAUCCAAUGAGUCUUCAGGUAUCAAGGUUGGAUAUGGACGGCCCCAGGGACUGUCUGGAGGCAAUGGAGCUGUUACUCAGAGAGGGGGAUGUUGUGGCUAACUCAAACAAAUGAAUAUAUAUGCUCAGAACUGUUAUAUGAGUUGAGGUUGACAGUUAAUGUAUAGAUCCAACAUCCUUUGUUAUUUGGACUAAAUUGAAUUUAAUUGAUAGGAAUUCAAGUCUUUUCAGCGCUUGAAAGUUUCCUCAA